AUGGAAAUAGACAAACCGCAAAACAUAGAGGGGAUAGCCAAGCUCGAUGAAGCGGAGGCAGGGACCAGUGCGGCGGGCAAGCGGCUACGCGUCGACCCAACAGUGGACGGCAAGGCAGCGCCGUGGGUCGAGAAAUACCGGCCAAAGACGCUCGACGACGUGGCGGCGCACAAGGAUAUCAUUGACACAAUUCGACGGCUGACUCGGGAGAACCGGCUGCCGCACCUGCUGCUGUACGGGCCGCCCGGCACCGGCAAAACGUCCACAAUCCUGGCGGUGGCGCGCCAGAUCUACGGCAAGGCGCUGCAGAACAUGACGCUGGAGCUCAACGCCUCGGACGAGCGCGGCAUUGACGUUGUGCGGCAGCAGAUCCAGGACUUCGCAAGCACGCGCAGCGUGUACAGCAACACAUUCAAGCUGGUGAUAUUGGAUGAGUGCGACGCCAUGACCAAGGACGCACAGUUUGCGCUGCGGCGAGUGAUUGAGAAGUACACGCGCAACACGCGCUUCUGCCUGAUUUGCAACUACGUGAUCAAGAUCAUCCCCGCGCUUCAGAGCCGCUGCACGCGCUUCCGCUUUCCCCCGCUGGACCCUGAGCACGUGCGGCUGCGGCUGGAGCAUGUUGUGGAGCAGGAGGGCGUCAAGAUGGGCCCCGGCGGCGUGGACGCGCUCAUCACCCUGGGGGCCGGCGACAUGCGCCGCAGCCUCAACAUCCUGCAGAGCGCCCACAUGGCGUUUGACGCGGUGGACGGCGACGCCGUGUACCUCUGCACGGGCAGCCCCAUGCCGCGCGACAUCGAGGCGGUGGUGAACUGGCUGCUGAACGAGGACUUCAACGAGGCCUUUCAGCGCAUCCUGCAGCUGCAGGUGGACAAGGGCAUCGCUCUCGUGGACAUCGUGCGGGAGCUGCACCCGUGGCUGUUCAACAUCCAAGCGCUGGGCCCGCCGCACGUGCGCGUCGCGCUGUGCGAGAAGCUGGCAGACAUCGAGUACCGCCUGGCGUACGGCACCAGUGAGAGGCUGCAGCUGGGCAGCCUGGUGGCGGCCUUCUCCCUUGCGAGGGACGAGAUCGUCGCCGCAGCAGAGUAA